AAAGGGAGAGGGAGGAGAGAGAAUUAAAAAAAAAAAAAAAAAGAUGAAGUCCAGUCUGCACAGCCUGUGAGCGCCUGCCCGGGUGGGUGGGAAGCAGGACUCGGGCGCUCAUGCAGCGAGUGAGCGGCGCUCGGGGCGCUCGUUCCUAGCGGCUGGGGCAGCUAGGGGCGUCGGUCCGAGCCGGCGGUGGCGGGCGGGGGAGGGCGCUGGGGGAGGGUGCCUAGGACCAGCGGAGCCACCGCCUUCAGACUCCACAGCCUCGCUGCCGCCUUUCCCGGGCCCAGCCCGGCGGGCGCUCGGAGCGUGAGGGCUCGGGCUGCUCCCUCAGUAGCGAGGGCGAGAGGGGGCCUGGGUGCGGGCGGCUAAGAUGAGUGAAAGGAGAAGAUCUGCAGUCGCCCUGAGCUCGCGAGCACAUGCCUUCUCCGUUGAAGCCUUGAUCGGCUCAAAUAAAAAGCGGAAACUGCGAGACUGGGAGGAGAAGGGGCUGGACCUGUCCAUGGAGGCGCUGAGCCCCGCAGGCCCACUCGGAGACACGGAGGACGCGGCCGCGCACGGCCUGGAGCCUCACCCGGAUUCCGAGCAGAGCACUGGUUCAGACUCUGAGGUGCUCACUGAGCGGACUUCCUGCUCCUUUGACGCUCACUCUGACCUGGGCCCUGGGGCUGCAGGCCCUGUGCCUGCUGCCAUGUCUUCCAUGGAGGAGAUUCAGGUGGAGCUGCAAUGUGCUGACCUCUGGAAGAGGUUCCAUGACAUUGGAACUGAGAUGAUCAUCACCAAAGCAGGCAGGAGGAUGUUUCCUGCCAUGAGAGUGAAAAUCACCGGCCUAGAUCCACACCAGCAAUACUACAUAGCAAUGGACAUUGUACCUGUGGACAAUAAAAGAUACAGAUAUGUGUAUCACAGCUCCAAGUGGAUGGUGGCUGGCAACGCUGAUUCCCCCGUGCCCCCGAGAGUCUAUAUACACCCUGAUUCUCUAGCUUCUGGAGAUACUUGGAUGAGACAGGUGGUCAGUUUCGACAAACUCAAGCUGACCAACAAUGAACUGGAUGAUCAAGGACACAUCAUUCUUCACUCCAUGCACAAAUACCAGCCCCGAGUUCACGUGAUUCGCAAGGAUUUCAGCAGCGACCUUUCGCCCACCAAACCUGUCCCGGUUGGGGAUGGAGUGAAAACAUUCAACUUCCCUGAGACCGUGUUCACCACCGUCACAGCCUAUCAGAACCAGCAGAUCACCAGAUUAAAAAUUGACCGAAACCCUUUUGCUAAAGGAUUCAGAGAUUCUGGAAGAAACAGAACCGGACUGGAAGCCAUCAUGGAGACAUAUGCCUUCUGGAGACCCCCAGUGCGCACGCUCACCUUUGAAGAUUUCACCACCAUGCAAAAGCAGCAAGGAGGCAGCACAGGCACUUCCCCAACAACCUCCAGCACUGGGACACCAUCUCCUUCAGCCUCUUCUCAUCUUUUAUCGCCAUCCUGUUCUCCUCCAACAUUUCAUCUGGCCCCCAACACCUUCAACGUGGGCUGUCGAGAGAGCCAGCUGUGUAAUCUAAAUCUCUCUGAUUAUCCACCAUGCGCCCGAAGCAACAUGGCUGCCUUGCAGAGCUACCCGGGGCUGAGUGACAGUGGCUACAACAGGCUCCAGAGUGGCACGGCUUCCGCCGCUCAGCCCUCCGAAACCUUCAUGCCUCAGCGGACUCCAUCCCUGAUCUCAGGAAUACCGACGCCUCCCUCGUUGCCUAGCAACAGCAAGAUGGAAGCCUACGGUGGCCAGCUGGGGUCCUUCCCCACUUCCCAGUUUCAGUAUGUCAUGCAGGCCGGCAACGCCGCCUCCAGCUCCUCAUCGCCACACAUGUUUGGGGGCAGCCACAUGCAGCAGAGCUCCUACAAUGCCUUCUCUCUCCACAACCCUUAUAAUCUGUACGGAUACAAUUUCCCCACUUCCCCCAGGCUCGCUGCAAGCCCGGAAAAACUGAGCGCCUCUCAAAGCACUUUACUCUGUUCUUCUCCUUCCAAUGGGGCCUUCGGGGAGAGGCAGUACCUGCCGACAGGGAUGGAGCACAGCAUGCACAUGAUUAGCCCUUCCCCCAAUAAUCAGCAGGCGACUAAUACCUGUGACGGCCGGCAGUACGGGGCGGUCCCAGGCUCCUCCUCCCAGAUGUCCGUUCACAUGGUCUAGUGGCCAGUCCCAGCCCCGCGGAGCCUGCAGGAGCCAAGGCCCCAGCGUCUCCUCCCUGGGCAGAUCCUCCUCUCUGGGAGCCCAACGCCUUUGAAAAAACAGGAACUGGAUCUUCGUCUUCUUCUUACUGCUAUUGUUUUUUUCUGGAGGAGGAACGCCCAUACCCAAGAACAACAAGAGGCUUGUAAGCCACUGGAGGAUCCUUGCGGUGGAAUCAUCUCCAACUCAGUGGCCAUUCUCCUACCUUCCCAAAUGUUCGUUUUAUAAUGCAUCGUCUACUCCAGAGUGGCCUUUGAAGAAACUGAAUAAUCAUUUUAUAAUAAUGUUAAGGGAGAUGCUAGCAUGUAGCAGCCAUGAAAAGUUACCCCCACACAAAUACAGACCUACCUAUACUGACAGACAGACAGACAGACAUAUGUGCAUGCAUGCAUACACACAUACAUAUAUAUUCAUACACAAACGCAUACACACACAAACAUCCAUGCACACUGUCUCGGAACUGGGUGAACUCUCAGGAGGGAAGCCCAGGAUGGGUGCUUUCACCACGAAUUUGUCUAUGUACAACACGAGAUGGACUGGGCCAGCAGUAGCUGCCAACGUUUCUCCCCCCCGCCGCUUCCCCUGUUUCUGGAAUGAACCGUGUGUCCUGGACCCCCCCCCCCCAUCAAUGAGAGUGGAAAGACAUCAGUGCUACACCUGGACUUGGCUUCCCGAAAAAGGUUGCUUUUGAACUUUGGCUCUCUUCACCUGGUGUGUGAUCAUUAAUGUUCCCAGUGACGCCUGUGAAAAGAGGGCGUAAGAGCAGCUGAAUGAGAGAGAGAGAGAAGGAGAAAGAAUAGAGAGCAAGAGAGAGGUGGAGAGCGAGACUGAAGGAGGAAGUGAGAGCAGCGAUGAGUUUUCAUUCACCAGGGAAUGUGUUUGGGGGGGGGGGGUUCCCUCUCCCCACCCCUGCAGGUUUCGGAAGGAAUCCUGGAGCUAUUGAGGAGGAAAGCUCUCUGGGACACUGUUGCGUGGUCCCGGCACUGGCGAGAGGCACCGGGGCCAGGAACUCGGGUCCACCCCACAGUUCUGACCACUGUGAUCCAGAAGAGGGCACGCCACAUGGGGAGUGCUGGUUCCAGAGCAUGCAGCCUGGCAGGGAAGGGAAACAGAAGGAGUAUGGAGAGGGAAGAGUUUUAUAAUCCCGACAGAUGACACCAAGAGCAGAGGUGACAAAUGGAGGCCUGGCCUUCCGCGUGCCAGAUCCACACGCCUGACCUGUCCAGCCUGCACCCCCUCUGCCCCCGGCCCCUGUGGCAGGAGGAAUCCUGUUAUGUUCCAGGGGAAUUGCAGAUGGGCCUUCUGCACCCUUCCCCUGCCCUUAGAUCUCCAUUUUUAUCAAAUAGUUCACUGCAUUUUGAAGUCUGGGGUUUUUUCCCCUUUGUCCUUCCCUUCCCUUCAGAUCCUUAAUGAUAAGCAAACAAGUGAAGUUUGGUGCAAGCUCAACUUUUUAAGUGGUGUGGAAAUGCAAGUAAUACCAAGUAAAAUAAUACAGAUAUUAUUAAGAUUUUUGGUUUUGAGGUGUUGUAGAUAAAUGUAUUUAUGUGCCUAGUGGGGAAUCCAGUAUUAUGAAUAUUAAAAAAAGGGGGCAAUAAAAAGGGUAUGUAAAAUAUGUAUGAAGAAAAGGUGUAUAAAGAUUUGCCCUUAUGCACGGAACUCUGUUUCUAAGUGCCAAGCACAGAAAGCCGCUAAAUAAAAUCUUUGCAAUUGUU